GUCAGAAAAAUGACUUGUGAGCCUUCUUUAAAAUCAAUAUGGAUAUUUUUAAAUAUCUUUAUUGCCUUGAUAAUGACCGGAAUUAAUAUUGUUGACGCAGGUGCGCAAUCAUGCUGUUUCUCGUUGGUUUCCACCAUUCAGUCUUCGCCAAACCAAUACCUAUUGAAUGUGACAGCUUCUCACAUAGAUGCAAAGAAAUAUAACAAUGAUUACGUGGCAGCCAUUUCUUUUCCACAGGGUUAUGUAGUCCAGGGUAAUCCGUCUUCUCCUUAUUCACUUGCGGAUUGCACUCUUCAACAAACCUCUCCUCCUCAAUAUCAAUGUAGUGAACAUGUCAAUGGAGUAUUUUUUAUUCAAUUCACAGUUCAAACGCCAAAGCUUGCUGCAAAUUCAUCACCCUCUGCAUCGGUGAUUAUCUUUAAGGAUAACUGCCAGCAAGAACGGUUUUGCACAGACCUUACUGCUGCAAACGAAAAUAAUUCUGACACUAUUUCACUAGGUCCACUUGGAAGAUGGCCAAAAUAUGCAAUUAUUAUUUGUGCAGUCAUUCUUAGUCUUGCGUUGGUGGGAGCUUGUUAUCUGAUAUACAGACGAAAAACAGGCAAUAGUUAUAAGGAUACAUCAGUCACACCAGGAUAUAAUGACAAGGGAGCUAAUUCCAUCUUUAGUCCCAGAUCGCUUUUACGGGGUGGAGCCAAUGAUUAUGACGAACCAAUGCCGGAACCACCAAAGAACACUCUGGUGCAAUUUGGUAAUGUUACAAAUGAUUCUGAACCUAGCGUAAAAAAUAGAGUCAAAAGUAAGAGCAAAUCAACAAACGAUUUUGUUGAUCGACAAUCGGAUUCUUUAAAAAAAUCUUUGUCACGACGAUCAAAAGGAAGUAAAAAUGAAAAAAAUUAUACUUCAGAAAUGUAUAACCGAUCAAACUUGGCGCCUGAGGAUCAUUCACCGUCUGUUGUAAUAGACAUGAAUUACGGAGUUGAUGUGCAUGAUAAAAGGAAAUCAGGGGAUCAUAAGAAGCGUGUCAGCGCAAAUAAAAAAGAUUCCACGAAAGACUUUUAUUCGCCUGACCUGUCGCGUUCUACGUCUUCUCGGUCACGUGAUAAUGGGACAAAAAAUGAGAAGUAUGAAACAAGGAAGGAAAGCAUGCAUCAACACAGACGACGCUCGAAUUCAUUGUCAAGAGAAUAUGAUGAUGAACGCAAGAGUCGCGGAAUAAGUAAAACCACUUCAAGAAAGUAUCGUUCAAAAUCUUCAGAUCGAGAACAUACUCGUUCACGCGAACUUACACAUGGACAUUCUAUGAGAGCAAAACGAAGUGAUCACAAUGACCAAGAAAUAAGGAACAGUCAUCGCGUUAAAGAUUCAUUCGAAAAAUCACAGGACUUAAGUCGUAGUUCGACGAGAGCAAAGAAGUUAUCAUCUUCGGCAACCGAACGUAAGGGCAUAGAACGAGAAGGUACUCACAGAAAUAAUUCCGACAACGAUUCCACAACUUCAUCAGAUACCCCAGCAAGUGAUAGAUUACCUAACACUGGCGGCUCUCGAGCACCAGUCAAUAAACGACAAAGCAAUGGUGGUAGUCGUCUCAUGGACGGCUCAGAGUCAGGAAGGAAUUAUGAUUCUGUAUUAGAUGAAAUGCUUGGUUUUUCGGACUAUCAAGGUUCAGAUAGUAGUCGCAAAGGUGGCGAGGAAGAAUACCGAAACGAUAGAGAAUCAGAAGAAAAAAUAAAUGAAAAUAGUAGCGACGAUGAUGUACCUGUCGGGAUAUUAAGAAGCAAAAUAAACUGA